CAGCACGCUGGAUUGGAACACUUUCUACAUCUCGGAUAUGCAAUCCAACUUAAACUAUAACUACUAUGCCUCUCUUUGGAAAGAGUGAUCGAAAUAUUUUAUUAGUACGUUAUAAGAUGCUGUUACUUACAUAAUUUGUUUCUGAAAAGGAAUGACUUUUCAAGAAUGAACUUUCGCAUGAAACAGACUAUCACCCGACGCCCACUAUGAGUUCGGAUCUUCCAGCGCAAAUACGCGCCAGCCUACAAGGCCAGGGGCUACCCACCCCAUCUCUAGCCUGGAUUCGGGGCGCCAUGCCCAACCGGAACCCACAACCACCGCUACAAGUCCUAGUAGCUACAGUGAAAACCCGCCUAUUAGCAGCGGACCUCACCACGCCAGGGCUUCUAGAACCAGCCGCAGCUUUUCCGGCCAACAUCAGCAACCCAGAGACCAAAGAAACCAAGUUGUCUCAAGAAAUUCCAGUACAAAUUCUAGAUAUCGAAAACUUGUCAAAAAGCAAAUGGGAACAAGUCGAAGAAAUCGAGGCUAUUGCCCGCGGCGAGCAGACUAGAGGCCGUGAAGUUAUUCGAUUACCUACUACUAAUGAAGACGACGAAAAUGCAAAUGGAGUCGCUAGUGAGGGUGCACCGCCGCCGGCUACUGCGAGGACUGCAGCUAUCAAUGCUAAUAUAGCGAAUGCGGCGGCUGCGGCGAGGAAUGCUACACAUCGCCUUGUGCUGCAGGACUGUCGGGGACAAAAAGUCCACGGGCUAGAGUUGCGGCGGGUGGAUCGUUUAGGCGUUGGUAUAGCGUGUAUUGGGGAGAAGAUAGUGCUGAAGCGCGGAGCGACGGUCGCCCGCGGGGUGGUGCUGUUAGAGCCUACGAUGUGCGCUGUGCUAGGUGGGAAGGUGGAUGCUUGGCACCGCGCGUGGGUGGACGGUAGGCUGGAAAGGUUGAAGGAGGCAGUGGGUGCUGAUGUGCGUGGCUAGAUGGCAUAAUUCACUAUAACUAGGGAGGGCUGUAGGUGCUCGAUCAACUAGAAAUCAGUUAAAGCAUAGGUGCUGGAUCAGUGGGUAAAUAGAGGCAUACCCUCUGUGCCUACUACCUACCUAGGUAGGUAGGUCCUUGGAGACACCUAGUUCACUCACUGUCUCAGGGGCAAAUAUAGCGCAAUUAGGUACUAUCAUUAGUACCUAAGCCCUGAAUAAUACUACAUUAGAAUUCCAGUGCUUUAUAUCAUACGAAUGGACACCAA